AUGGCCUCCGUACAGAACCCCCCGCAAAAGAGGCACCCGCUCGACGGCGACGUCUACGCCAUGUGGCUCAUCCCCAAGCCGCGACCAGAGUGGAUAUCCCGCAUCGAGGCGCGCUUCCCGGGCCUGCGCAUCCGGUGGCGCAGCCCCAGCGAGGUCGGCCCGGACGGGAACCGCAUCACGGCCGACUCGCUGGGCCCGGAGUUCUGGGACGGGGUGACGAUCCUGAGCUGCUUCAUGCCCGUGCGGCCCGAGUACAUGAAGGACGUGCGCUACGUGCAGCUCACGUCGGCGGGCGCGGACAAGUGGCUCGACAACGACAAGUACAAGGACCCGAACGUGGUGUUUUGCACGGGCAACGGUACCCACGCAGCGCAAAUAGCGGAGUGGGUGAUAGGGGCUUGGCUGAUGGAAGAACACAAGUUUAUGCAAUAUGCCGCGGUCAUGCAGACCGGGGAGUGGAACAGGAGCUUGUUUAAUGGUGUCGAGGACUCGCCUGGCAAGAGGAUCGGUCUGCUAGGCUACGGCGCGAUUGGUCGUCAGUGUGCCAAGGUCGCCACAGCCAUGGGAAUGGAAGUGUACGCGUAUACACGAAGCGAGAAGCCCACACCGGAGUCGCGCCGCGACGAUAGCUUUUGCGUUCCUGGCACCGGGGACCCGGACGGACUACUGCCCGCCAAGUGGUUCCAUGGCGGCGACAAGCAGUCCAUCAAUGACUUCCUAGCUCAAGAUCUGGAUCUCCUAGUCAUUGCCAUGCCGUUGACGAAAUCGACCACGGGUGUCUUGGCCCGUGAGCAGUUCGAGAUUUUGUCCAAGAAUAAGCGGAAGACCUACGUCGCAAACGUGGCUCGAGGAGGACACAUAGUGACUGACGAUUUGAUCGAUGCGCUCGAGACCGGUAAGAUCCGGGGUGCAGCGCUCGACGUUACUGAUCCAGAACCUUUACCCCAAGAACACCCCCUCUGGAGGGCACCGAAUGUCUUUAUCACCCCACACGUCAGCUGGGCCACGCCCUAUUACUGGGACAGGGCUCUGCAGCUGAUUGAAACAAAUCUGGAGAGGAUGUAUGAAGGGAAGCCAUUGAUCAAUGUCAUGAAUAGAAUCGAAAACUAUUAA